GCAGGCAGUCCUGGGGAGCCAGCCAGGAGGAGGGGAACAGCCGCUGUCAGGCCCCAGGACCAUGAACAACAGCACCUGCCCCAUCACCAGCUCCCCGCUGGUCAGACACAUCUGCCAUGCCUACCUGGGCCUGCUGCUGGUGCUGGGCCUGCUGCUCAACGGCCUGGCGCUCUGGGUGUUCUGCUGCCGCCUGCGCAAGUGGACAGAGACCCACAUCUACAUGGUCAACCUGGCCGUGGCCGACCUCUGCCUGCUCUGCACUCUGCCCUUCAUGCUCUUCUCCCUGGAGCGGUACAACGCCGAAGACAACGCCGAAGACACGUUGCUCUGCCAGCUCUCCCAGGGCAUCUACCUGGCCAACAGGUACAUGAGCAUCAGCCUGAUCAUGGCCAUCGCUGUGGACCGCUACGUGGCUGUGCGGCACCCGCUGUACGGCCGCGGGCUCCGCUCCCCGAAGCAGGCCGGGGCCGUGUGUGCCGUGCUCUGGGUGCUGGUGGUCAGCUCCCUGCUGCUUCGCUGGGUCCUGAAGGGUCAAGAAGGUGGCUUCUGCUUUGGGAACCCCUCCCGGCAAAACCCCCAAACCGUGAUCUUCUCCCUGUUGGGCUUCUACCUGCCGCUGGCCGUGCUGGUCUUCUGCUCUCUGCAGGUGGUGACUGCCCUGGGCCAGAGGCCGGCUGCCGACGUGGGCCAGGCGGAGGCCACCCGGAAGGCUGCCUUCAUGAUCUGGGCGAACCUGGUGGUGUUCGUGGUCUGCUUCCUGCCCUUGCACGUGGUGCUGACGUGGCGACUGGCCACGGGCCUGAACACCUGUGUCAUUCAGGACGCCCUCCACGUUACCAGCAAGGUCUCGGAUGCCAAUUGCUGCCUGGACGCCAUCUGCUACUACUACGUGACCAAGGAGUUCCAGGACGCAUCUGCGUUAGCCGGGGCUCCCGCUGCCAAGGCUCACAAGAGCCAGGACUCUCUGUGUGUGACUCUAGCCUAGGAGACGACACAGGCGUGUGGGGACCAGAUCCAGGGCUCUCCGGGAGGUGCUGCCUGCUGAGGGUGGUGGGGGCGGGGCUGUGACCAGUGGUGAAGAGCCACAGGAUGGGCCCUGAGCUCACCAUGGGUGUGGACACUCUCCAAGAAGCCUGCUGGGCAGGGAUGACCCAGGCACGGAGCCUGGAAGGUAACAACCCCACCCCUGGGACGGAAUACAGACGGGGCAAGGGCAAAAGGACUGAGGCCUGAGAAAGGCCACCCCGGGGACCUGGGAUGGGGCUGCCCACCUGCUGUGUCCAGAGCCUGGUAUACCUGGGCAUUGGGGUGGGGUGGAUACCUGCUGGGUCCUGCUGCCUCCCUGAGAUCGGAAUAACGCUGCCCACCGGGGCUGAUCCUGACAGGGCUUGUGCGCUGCCCACGUUUACACGGUGGGAGGUGGGAGCGCUGGGUCACUCUCUAGGGCCCUCCAACCUGCUGCCCACCCAUCUGAAGUCUGGUGGAGGGUGCGGCCUGGUGUCCUCCCGCUGUGCAGGCCAGGAUCCCUGGGCCCCUCAUAGGGGCUGCCCAGAUGUGGUGGGUGGGGAGAGUGGGACCAUGAGGAGGUGGCCGGGGUCUGUUGAGGGGACACACUCCCGUGCUUCAUUCAGGAAAGUCUGGAGCUGGUAGAGGCGAGGGCUGGGUGCCCAGCCAGGCAGGUUUGUGCUGUGGCUGCACCUCCCUGGCCUCCAGGCUGAAGUCAGAACAACCAGCGCUUUCCGGAGGCUGCUGUGGGUGCUGGUCUGGGGUGGGCCUGGGUUCCAAGGCCAACUCGUCCCGUCCCACCUGCAUGUCCUUGGGCACCAAACAACCUCCCCGCCCUGUUCUCCAGCUCUGUGAUGGGAGUGCGAACGGUGGCCACGUCCUGGCAGGGUUGGCCUCAUAGUUGUGAGGCUGCUGCAGUUCCGCUGGCUCAGGGAUGGGGUCCACGCUCACCCCACCCAGUGCUCCCCAAACUCCCCACCCCCCUCAUCCCAGCCAAUCUCCCCAUGUGUCUGCAUCCCACUCUGGUCCUCCAGGUGCCCCCUCCCCCAACCCUGCCUGCUGUCAUCACAGCCCUGCUCUUCUGGGGACAGUUUCCAGUCUCUGACGUCUAUCAGCCUGAACCUCGAGGGUCUUGUUUUCCAAGGAACUGCCUAGUGUGCUGACAGGCUAUCCGGACUGCAUAGAGACGUCU